AUGUCAACAACUUGUGGCUUUAAGGGCUGCUUGAACCAUACGUACUUGGUGAUGCCAGUAUGUACCCACUGCGGGAAGUGCAUGUGCACGGCUGCGGCGACGCCGCGAAGAAUGCAUCGCAGCGCCAGGCAACAGCGGAUGCGGCAGAGAUGCGGCGGCGGCGCAAGCACCUUGGCCUCGAUGACGUCAAGGCGCGGUUGGAUCGCCGCCGGGAAGAACUCGCGACACAACGAAAGAAAAAGUCAUCGAAGGGGAAACAAUGACUGA